AUGUCGUCUCCUAUGCCGGACGAGAAAGUCACUGCAGGUGGCACAGCCCAACCUGGGCGACAAAGAGCCCCUACUAUCAGUAUAGAUGAUACUGCAACAACAAGCGCGCCGAUGUUGUCAGAGGCCGACGGACGCAGUCCUGUCUUGCCACGACUCCAGACAGGAAGUCUUGACCAGCCUGGUUCACACCCUCCAGUCUUUGCGCCUUCACCCACUGAUAAUAGAGGCAGUCGGCCAACUUCGCCUCAUAAUAUCUCCUCACCUCGGGCUUUUGGCCUAGAUGGUGCUCCUUCAAAUACGUUCUUGGCUGUUCCUGGUCCCAGAGAGCCAGCUAGCUCUGUCGAAACCGACUCUCAAUCGACAGCCUCGUAUGGCGGAGACACGAAGGUGCCCACCAGCACCAAUGGUGAUACCGUACCCGAGGAGGCUCCUCUGAGCAACACUGAUAUCCUCAAUGAUUCAGACGCGCUCAAACCAGAUCCUGGUACUGAAGCCGACUUCAAGGUCGAGAAUAGCCCCUUCGCUUUCUCAGUUGGCCAGCUGAACAAGAUGAUCAACCCCAAAAGUUUGUCUGCCUUCUAUCAUCUUGGUGGUCUUGCUGGCAUUGAGAAAGGACUUCGAAGCGACCGCCAAAGUGGACUUAGCUCGGAUGAAGUCGGACUACAAGGUCAAGUCACGUUUGAGGAGGCUCUACAAGCUGCGGAGAAGUCGAAGGAGGACUUCGGUCCGGCAAAACGGACGACUAGCAGAGGUUCCAUUACUAAUGCGACCAAGGCUUCAUCUGACGCCUUUGCCGAUAGGAAGCGAAUCUACAGCGACAACCGCCUACCGGAGAAGAAGACCAAGUCGUUCUUGCAGCUCGCUUGGAUAGCGUACAACGAUAAAAUACUCAUCUUGUUGACAGCAGCUGCUGUCAUUUCACUUGCACUUGGUAUCUAUCAAUCUGUUCGGGCACCAACACAACAAGAAAUAGCCGAAGGCACACACGAAGCACGUGUUGAAUGGGUCGAAGGUGUGGCUAUCAUUGUUGCCAUCCUCGUCGUCACACUAGUCGGUGCAUUGAACGAUUAUCAGAAAGAGCGCCAAUUUGUUAAGCUCAACAAGAAGAAAGAGGAACGCAUGGUCAAGGUUGUUCGAUCUGGAAAGUCUCAAGAAAUCUCGGUAUAUGACAUAAUGGCUGGAGAUGUUGUUCAUCUUGAGCCAGGUGAUUUGAUCCCAGUCGACGGUAUCUUGAUUGAUGGUCAUAAUCUCCGCUGCGAUGAGUCCUCAGCCACUGGCGAAUCUGACAUCAUCCGAAAGCAACCUGCAGACGAUGUCUACCAAGCAAUCGUGCAGAAUCAAGUUACCAAGAAACUAGACCCUUUCAUUCUCUCUGGUGGCAAAGUCGCCGAGGGUGUCGGUACUUUCCUUGCAACGUCGACUGGCGUCAACUCGAGUUACGGCAAGAUUUUGAUGUCGCUGAAGGAUGAAGGCCAGACCACUCCACUUCAAUCGAAGCUGAAUAUCCUGGCCGAAUAUAUCGCUAAGCUCGGUUUAGGUGCUGGCCUGCUGCUCUUCCUGGUCCUCUUCAUCAAGUUUGUAGCAAGACUCGGUUCUAUCACUGGCGGCGCCGAGGCAAAAGGUCAACGCUUUUUGCAGAUUUUUAUUGUCGCGGUUACCAUCAUAGUCGUUGCUGUUCCUGAAGGUCUUCCACUCGCUGUCACGUUGGCUCUGGCCUUUGCCACUACGCGUAUGUUGAAGGACAACAAUUUGGUCCGUCUACUUCGCGCCUGUGAGACUAUGGGCAAUGCUACUACUGUCUGUUCGGACAAGACAGGUACGCUUACACAGAACAAGAUGACUGUGGUAGCUGGUACCUUUGGAACUUCAUCUCGUUUCGCCGACAACGAUGCUGCCCCUAGCAAGGUUGCGGCUACUAAUCACAAACUAGAUGACGAUGAAGAAAAACAGGACGAUAUCACCUCGAUCGUGUUCGCGAAGACCUUGGCAGAUGACACAAGGGUACUGUUGAAAGACUCCAUCGUACUCAACUCAACUGCUUUCGAAGGCGAAGAGAAUGGACAGACUGUCUUUAUUGGGUCCAAGACAGAGACAGCAUUACUUACUUUCGCCCAGACUUAUCUUGGCCUAGGUCCUGUCGCUGAGGAGAGAGCCAAUGCUGAAAUAGUGCAGAUGGUGCCGUUCGAUUCUGGUCGAAAAUGCAUGGCUGUGGUUAUCAAGCUCUCGAGUGGUAAAUUUCGCUUGCUUGUCAAAGGUGCUUCUGAGAUCUUGAUUGCGAAAUGCACACAUAUCAUCAGUGAACCCACGAAGGGCACCACUGAUGCCCAAAUCACAUCUGAGCAGAUUGACACCUUGGGCAACGUCGUUAGCAGCUACGCUUCUCGAUCUUUGAGAACGAUCGGUUUGCUCUACCGAGACUUUGAGCAGUGGCCUCCUCGUGGUGCUGCCUCCCGAGAGGAUGCAAGGCAAGCUGAUUUCGACGCUGUCUUCCGCGAUAUGACCUUCCUCGGCGUGGUGGGUAUUCAAGACCCGUUGCGUCCUGGUGUGACAGAGGCUGUGCGUGAUUGUCAGAUAGCUGGUGUAUUUGUACGCAUGGUCACGGGUGACAACUUGAUGACUGCGAAGGCUAUUGCGACCGAGUGUGGCAUCUUCACUGCUGGUGGUAUUGCCAUGGAAGGUCCAAUCUUCCGUCGACUUACAGCCAAACAGCUUAAUCAAGUCAUUCCUCGUCUUCAAGUGCUUGCUCGCUCCAGUCCUGAAGACAAAAAAUUAUUGGUCGGACACUUGAAGAAGCUCGGAGAAACAGUCGCAGUAACAGGAGAUGGCACAAAUGACGCUCCAGCACUGAAGACCGCCGACGUUGGCUUCUCGAUGGGUAUCGCUGGUACUGAGGUUGCAAAGGAAGCUUCUGCUAUCAUCCUGAUGGAUGACAAUUUUGCAUCCAUUGUCAAGGCUAUUCAGUGGGGACGAACGGUCAAUGAUGCAGUGAAAAAAUUCUUACAGUUCCAAAUUACAGUUAACAUCACUGCCGUCCUUCUAACCUUCAUCUCUGCCGUUUCGAACGAUAACGAGGAAUCUGUCCUCACUGCAGUCCAGUUGCUUUGGGUGAACCUGAUCAUGGACACCUUUGCGGCUUUAGCUUUGGCGACUGAUGCUCCUUCUCCUCACAUCCUAAAGCGACGUCCGGAACCUAAAUCGGCUCCACUCAUCAGUCUGACCAUGUGGAAGAUGAUCAUCGGACAGUCUAUAUAUCAACUCGCUGUUACUCUUAUUCUCUACUUCGCAGGCGCUAGCAUAUUAGGCUACGAGACAGAGGAUGAGAUGAAUCGACUUCAGAGUACUAUCUUCAACACAUUCGUUUGGUCUCAAAUUUUCAACCAGUGGAACGCUCGACGUCUUGACAAUGGCUUUAACAUCUUCGAAGGUAUGCUUCGAAAUUACUGGUUCAUUGGUAUCCAAUUCAUUAUUGUCGGAGGUCAGAUUCUCAUCAUGUUCAUUGGUGGAGCUGCAUUCUCUAUCUAUCGCAUCAACGGCCCGCAAUGGGGAUACUCGAUAGUGUUGGGUCUGUUGUGCAUACCUUUCGCAGUUGUAAUUCGAUGCUUCCCUGACGAGCUGUUUGCCAAGCUCAUACCAUCAUUGCCUCGACGACACCGACCUAGUCCGGACGUAGUUGUCCAGGACGAGGAGGACGGAAUCACACAAUGGAACCCAGCCUUGGAAGAGAUCCGAGACGAGCUCGGCUUCCUCAAAAAGCUUAGAGGUGGCCGUAUGUCAGAGCUUGCGUUUAAACUACAGCAUCCAAGACAAUCAUUCCUACCAAGAUCUAGAUCGUCGUCCAAGUUGCAUCCUAAGGGUGAUUUGGCAGAGGACGACCCGGAGAAGAUUGUCGCCAACGCUUAUGCAGCUGCGAAUGCUGAGGCAGAAGCAGCUAAGAACAAAAACGCCACACCAGACAAGCAGAGGAAGCGGACGCGAGCAAGCUCAAAUUCAGUGUUUGGUCCGGUCACAGCCAUGGCUGGCAUAGUAGCUGGCAGUGUUGCUGGAGGCUGGUCACCUAUUGAGCGUAGGGCAGAAGACCCAGAAUCAGUUCAUUUCCAAAGAUCGAGAGCACCGUCAGGAGUGGAGGGUACGAGUGGAAUAGAGAUCCACCCAGCCACUGCCACUGAGGACCCUGUGUUUUCGCCUACUGAGAUCACCGACACAAGGAUACCACCAUCUCAAAAUCCAUCAUUAGCACCUCAUUUCGAUCACGCACCACCACCUACUGUUGACAUUCCAUUUGGCAGGAGGUCUCAUUCCAGGCAUUCCUCCACUGCACCGAAGGAAUAA